GCUAUACAAGGCAGAUAAAAGGUUUGCGACAACCAAUCACAGCGCCUUAAAAAUAUUUAGUCUCUAAAACCCGCCAGGUACUGUACUUUAUCCUUGUAAAGGUAAAAAUACACUUCUGUAUCCACAGAUCAUGGAUGUCACGACGGAUGGAUUAGAUAAUAGAAUUUUGGGCUAUUGCCUUCGUUUAAGCGGCUAGACUCUGCGAUCGGGGAUAGUCUUUGAGUCAUACCUUCUCAAGAGAAUAUUUUCUAUUUCAGUGCGUGUCACUGGAAAAAAAGAACAAGAAUGCAACUUAUCUUGAUGACGAGUGGAGAAGUGAGAAAGAUGAAGUCUAUACCUCUACUCAGCCGAUAGAAGUUGGCAACUCUCCGCGACAACCUUCAACUCUAUUUGACUUCGAGUAUAAAUCAUCUAGUUGUUUCCUAUUCAUCUAGUGUUACGCACAUUAUGCCUUCUCAUUUUCAUGUCUUCAGAUGAAGUUAUCAUGCUCCAUGUUGACUAAUACACCAGCCCAUUCUCUCCCAGGUACCUUCAGUCUUGUCUAGUAAGUACCUGUGCCCUAAAGCAAACUCUACCCAUAGUGUGUUACGCCGCUAGCAGCACUAGAUUUGGUUGAGUCGGUGGCCACUGCAUUGAGAAAGACGGAAAGAGACGGCACAGCUUCGGAUCAAAGAGGCUAAGAGAAAUCUUGGAAAGUAUGGCUGGAUUAAUUGGAAGCUUUCAUCCUCCUGCAACUCCAAAAGCAGCGUUGCGAGGAAGGAGGAAGCUCGUGUUUCCACAGCUUCGGCCAGUCACAGGUAUAACUCGGCCGAUGAAAACUCCGCUUUGCGGAUCCCGAAAAAGCUGCGAAUUGUUUAAUGUUAGCUGCGAUCUUCCAAUCUCAAUUCCGUUAUCUUUCACCGCCCGGCUUCCAGCUUACUCACGACAACUUAGACAACCUAGACAAUCCGCUCUCUCUCUAGGUUGUACAGGCUUAUUCAGUCGUGUCUCACCAGGAAUCGUGCAACAGCAUUGGUCAUUUACCUCACUGUCGCGUGCCUCUUGCAGACCUUUUUCUAGUUUAACUAGUUACCCCACCAUGACCGCUACCAGGUUGGACGGUACAGCCAUCGCGAAGAAGAUCCGUGAGAGGCUCGCCGCCGAGGUAGUUGAGAGGCAGAAGUCCAAUCCGAAGUACCAGCCAUGCCUUAAGAUCAUCCAAGUUGGUGACCGAUCUGAUUCAUCGACCUAUGUCCGAAUGAAGCUCAAGGCCGCUCAGGAGGCCAAUAUUACAUGUGAACUUCUUCAUUUUCCUGAGGAUAUCACCGAAUCAGAGCUCUUGGCGCAGUUGCACGUCCUGAACAAUGACGCUGUGGUACACGGCAUUCUGGUCCAAUUGCCGCUUCCCAAACAGAUCGACGAGUAUAUCAUCACUUCUGCCGUUGCGGAUGAGAAGGAUGUCGAUGGUUUCGGUACUACCAAUAUAGGCGAGCUUGCCAAGAAGGGUGGUCAUCCAUUCUUCGUCCCCUGUACUCCCAAGGGAGUCAUGGUCCUCUUGGAGGAGGCGGGUGUCGAUCUUAAAGGCAAGGAUGCUGUAGUGCUAGGCCGAAGCGACAUCGUUGGAAGUCCGGUGAGCUACCUUCUGAAAAACGCCGACGCAACUGUCACUGUCUGCCAUUCAAAGACCCAAGGCGUCGAGGAGAAACUGAAGAAGGCAGAUAUUAUUGUUGCUGCCAUUGGCCAGCCUGCCUUCGUAAAAGGAGAAUGGCUCAAACCGGGUGCCGUCGUUAUCGACGUCGGUACAAACUACAUCCCUGAUGCAUCUAAGAAGUCCGGCCAACGACUUGUUGGCGACGUAGAAUUUGAGUCGGCCUCUCAAGUGGCUUCGUACAUCACGCCAGUUCCUGGCGGUGUUGGUCCCAUGACUGUUGCUAUGUUGCUGCAAAAUGUCAUCGAUGCUACUUCGAUGUACUUCGACCGACAAAAGAAGAGGCGUAUAGUCCCUCUUCCUCUUAACCUGCGAACUCCUGUCCCCUCAGAUAUUGAGGUUUCGAGAUCACAGCCACCGAAACCAGUUGCUCGAGUGGCGGAAGAGGUCGGCAUUGCGCAUCACGAGUUAGAGCCGUACGGCGCAUUUAAAGCCAAAGUCGAUCUUAGCUUGUUGAAGCGAUUAGAGCACCGUCGGGAUGGCCGUUAUGUAGUCGUUACUGGUAUUACUCCUACCCCGCUGGGCGAAGGAAAGUCUACCACAACGAUGGGUCUAGCACAGGCUCUGGGAGCACACUUAGGUCGGAUAACAUUCGCAAACGUUCGACAGCCCAGUCAAGGUCCUACGUUCGGCAUUAAGGGGGGUGCGGCUGGCGGUGGAUACAGUCAGGUUAUACCCAUGGACGAGUUCAAUCUUCACUUGACUGGAGAUAUACAUGCUAUUUCAGCAGCUAACAAUCUUCUCGCUGCUGCUAUUGAGACCCGUAUGUUCCACGAGAAUACGCAGAAAGAUGGGCCUCUUUACCGAAGACUGGUACCUGCAAAGAAUGGAAAGAGGGCCUUUGCACCCGUCAUGUUCCGGCGACUAAAGAAGCUAGGAAUUGAUAAGACUGAUCCUAAUGAACUUACUGAGGACGAGAUUCAUCGAUUCGCUAGAUUAGAUAUCGACCCAGAAACCAUCACCUGGCGCCGUGUGCUCGAUGUUAACGAUCGUCAUUUACGUGGCGUCACUGUCGGCGUGGCGCCGACUGAAAAGGGGCAGAGCCGAGAAACCGGAUUUGAUAUCUCCGUGGCUAGUGAGUGUAUGGCUAUUCUAGCCAUGAGCACAAGCCUUGCGGAUAUGCGAGAAAGACUAGGCAGAAUGGUCGUUGCCACGUCAAGGUCAGGAGAUCCAGUCACCUGCGAUGACAUCGGGGCUGGAGGUGCAUUGACAGCUCUCAUGAAGGAUGCUAUCAAGCCUAACUUGAUGCAGACAUUGGAGGGUACACCUGUCUUCGUUCAUGCUGGUCCCUUCGCCAACAUUAGCAUUGGAAACAGCUCCAUUCUUGCCGACAAAAUGGCACUCAAGUUGGCAGGUACCGAGCCUGACGAGGACCACAACGCCAAGGCCGGCUUUGCCGUAACUGAAGCUGGCUUUGACUUUACUAUGGGAGGUGAGCGUUUCUUCAACAUCAAAUGCCGUGCCUCGGGUCUGGUCCCAGAUGUCGUUGUUAUUGUCGCCACAGUCCGUGCUUUGAAGGUCCACGGCGGUGGUCCACCAAUCGCUCCUGGUGCACCUCUAAGCCCUGUAUACAAGGAAGAGAACGUCGAGAUCCUACGAAACGGUUGUGUGAACCUCAAGAAACACAUCGAAAACGCAAAGUCAUACGGCUGCCCGGUUGUCGUGGCUAUUAAUAAGUUUUCCACUGAUACCGAUGCUGAGAUUGCCGUCGUGCGGGAGGAAGCUAUCGCCGCCGGUGCUGAGGACGCCAUCUUGGCGAAUCACUGGGCCGAAGGUGGAAAGGGUGCUAUAGACCUUGCCAAGGGAGUAAUCGCCGCUUCUGAAAAGCCAAAGGAUUUCAAGCUACUGUAUGAUGUAAGCGAAGGUACCAUCCAACAGCGCAUGGAAGCUAUCUGCCAGAAAAUGUAUGGCGCCGCAGCUGUCGAGUUCAGCGAACUUGCACAAAAGAAGGUAGACACAUACACGAAACAGGGCUUCGGAAACCUCCCUAUCUGCAUUGCUAAGACGCAAUAUUCGCUUUCUCAUGACCCGGAUCUUAAGGGCGCGCCGACCGGCUUCACAGUCCCGAUUAGGGACGUGCGGAUGGCCGCAGGUGCAGGUUAUCUGUAUGCUCUUGCUGCAGAUAUACAGACAAUCCCAGGAUUGCCUACCGCUCCGGGAUACUUGAAUGUUGACGUCGAUACCGAGACGGGCGAAAUUGACGGUCUCUUCUAGAUUAACAGCAUCUGCGGAUAUUGUAUAGUCGUAUAUUAGAUGGAUAUAGAUACGUCUAGAUCUGUUAGACGUAUGGAAUCUAAAAUAGUCGGAUAGGAUGAGUUCAUGCAUUGCCUUCAACGGAUUCAACCAGGUUGGAGCAUUUUCGGUCAUGGGGAGUACACGGGAUAACGAUGAACCUGGCAGUAGGUCAGCACAUCGGUGUUUAUUAUAUACAUAAUAUCUUCAACAGCAAUGUAUACCAUAAGAUUAUAGGAGCUAGGACACAUGCUCUGAUAAAUUUUUGAUUUGAAAUUAUUAUUUAACAAUUCUACGAAUCUCUUUUUCCUUCCAA